AUAUGCUCAUUGGCUUUCCAUAGUCUUAAACUUUUGAGUCAAUGUUAUUUUUGCAGGGUCCAUCUCUGUAAAGUUGGUACUUUAGCCAAGAAAAUCUCCCUUUAGUUGUCAGUUGUCACAACUAGACUUUCUAUCUUUCUCUUUCUUCAAUUAUUCUUUCAACCAACAACCAUGGGAAAUGCUUUGAGAUUCCUCUAUGCCAAUUGCUGCAAACCAAAAACAUCUGAUGAUGAUCAUCCACAAUCCACCGUUAGUGUUUCAGCUCUUGCUCAUGAUCUCUUUAACUUUGAAAACACCUCCCAGGUUCCAGAAGGACUAAGCAGACAUGUUGUGUCUUCCAAAAAAGCUCAAGCUAAGUGGUAUAGAAAGUUAAUAGAUGGUUGGAAAGAGGCAAGACCACCACCUAAGACACCUGAAGAAGCAGCUAGACUUGUUAUUCUGACAUUGAAAGGCCAUAAAAAAGAAGAUGUUGAGGGAUUGUUGACUUUCUAUGGUCUUCCACUGUCACAUACUCCAGUUGAAGUACCUGUUCAGCGACCUACAUCUUUACCUCAUGGAGUACAAUAUGAAAUACACACCUUGCCGGUUGAUGCAAAAGCAGUGGCAGAUGGUGAUGGUUUAACAGUUUAUGUUAGCACAGCAGACCCUAGAGAAUCAUCACAGGUCCCUAGCAAUGUGCACAUUGCAGCCGUGCAUAGAGCAGAAGCCCGUUCUAGAAGGAACUAUCAAGAGGCAGAUGCAUUGCACAAACAGAUUAUUGACGCGGGAUACCGGAUGAUUUCAUUUGAAAACGGGGAAAUCCUAGCUAAAAAGUAUCGGAUCCGACUAAGGGGAAUUGAUGCGCCAGAAAACGCAAUGCCGUACGGAAAAGAAGCUAAAACUGAACUGACCAAGAUUGUUCAAGGGAAAUCUUUGAGAGUCCUUAUUUAUGGAGAAGAUCAGUAUCAACGUUUAGUAGGCGAUAUCUAUUGUAAUAACAUUUUUGUACAGGAAUUGAUGCUAAAGAAGGGUUUAGCAUGGCAUUAUGCAGCCUACGACAAACGACCAGAACUAGAAACCUGGGAGAAAGAAGCCAGAGCGAAGCGAGUUGGAUUAUGGGCUUCGAAAAAUCCCGAGAAGCCAUGGGAUUGGAGAAAGGACAGAAGAAACUAAUUAACACCGUCUUGAAUCACACCAGCAGACAUGAUGUUGAAGUAAAUGCAGCAUUGAUUAACACAAACUGAAAUGAUGCGGAAGUGAUUGCCUGAUUGAAAGAAAAAAUGCAUAUGCUUUGUAUAUAUUCAUUCUUCAAUAUGUUUAAUUAUUUGAAAAACCAGUACUUGAAGUUGAUAUUUUAUAGAGCACAAAACAAAAUAUUGUACCUGCUUGCUGCCCACCGGAGGCCAUAAUUAAUAUUUCUAGCUGUGAUCUA